UCCAGUUGAAAUAAGCACAAAGUAUGAGCUUCCUCCCUCUCCGGGUACUUACGUCUCACACACAGCGGACUAGCACAGCGACCUUUUUUUAACAUGAGAGUUCUUCAGUUUUUCAUUGUUUUACUUGGUGGAAUAGUUGCAGCACAACAACAGGCCUUAAUGGAAUACUUAGAGAGGAGACUGCUUGCAAUUGAGGAUCGUAUUUCCUUGUGGCAUGAGCAGACAAGCCGCUACACUUCAGAGCUGCGUGAGCUUAAGCAGCAGAUUGUAGCUCAGCUUGAGGGCCUGGACAAGAACAAGGAGGCACUGAAGAGUGAGCUUGAUGCAGUGGGUGUCCGUGUUGAUCGGGUGGAACGUGAGAUGGAUUAUCUUGAGACACAGAAUGGAGCACAGCCCUGCGUAGAUGUAGAUGACAAGCUGGUGGAGCAGCAGGUGAUUGUGGCCAAGGAGAGGAACAAGUCCAAAUAUGCUAAGCUCACAGAUUGCAGUGACAUGGUGUCAAGCAUAAAGGGCAUGAAGAUUCUCAAAAGGGUUGGUGGUGUUAAAGGCAUGUGGACUAAAGACAUGGGUGUCUCCAUUGGAAAAGUGUACCUCUUUAAUGGGACUAGGGAGGAUACACUUUAUGAGUUCAGUUCUGUGCGUGACUUCACCUCCUCCUUAGGCAUCACAGCAGGCAAAGCUGUCAAACUUCCCUCCUCCUGGCAAGGUAUGGGUCAUGCUGUGUACAAAAAUCACCUAUAUUUUGUAAAGGUGAGUGAUGAGAUAAGGUUGGUGAAGUUCGACCUACAGAAAGGUUCUGUGGUUGACAGUUCUGUCUUCCCAGCCAAAGACCAGCUUCCAGUCUACAGUCUUAAUUCUGAAACCUACGUUGAUUUGGCUAUAGAUGAAGAAGGUUUGUGGGCCAUUUACGCCACAAAAAAUAACGAGAAACACGUGUCAUUAGCCAAGGUUGAUUCAAACACUCUGGCCAUUGAGCAGAUGUGGGAUACACCUUGCCCAAGGGAAAAUGCAGAAGGAGCUUUUGUAGUGUGUGGCACUGUCUAUGUAAUCUACAACUCCAAGCUUCCCAGCCGCUCCCGUAUCCAGUGUGUUUUUGAUGUGAGUGAUAUGGUAACCAAUGAUGAUGCUCCUACAGUGUAUUUUCCAAAGCGCUACGGCACUCAUUCAAGCCUCAAAUACAGUCCUAUGGAACAACUAGUCUAUGCUUGGGACGAUGGGUACCAGAUUCUUUACAAGUUGCAAAUGAAAAAAAAACUGGAGGUGUAGACCGUAUUGAAAUGGCUUGCAACCUUCUUAAACAAAAUCUGGUAAGUCGUGUAAACCCUGGUUUGAUGCACAUUUAUGUUGGAUCAUUUUUAGGACUUAUCAUUUAUAUAAUCAUGUACCUUACUUAAUCAAGGAACCAGAUCAUUUUAAUUUUCUACCAAAAAGCCUUUGCGAUAGCAAUUUUUCACAUUUAUAACUAUUAGGUGAUGGUUUGCCAGGGUCAAUAAGUAUUACAAAAUGUAUUUUAUAUGGGACUAGGAAUAUGUUUAUGGAUAAAGCCUGGUAAUACUGUACUGGAUACCAAACUUCAGAUCUUCAAAAUGAAAUACCUAUACAAUAAUUUGCAAAUGCUUAAUCAAUAUACUUAUAUUAUGUUUAACUUUUCCUUUCUUUUUCUUGUUGUAAUCAACUGAUUGUUGAUACAUUAAACUGAAAUUGAAAUAGGACAAAAAACAUUUUUUUGAAUCUUAUUGCUAAAACUAAAAUAUUUUAGUAUUUUUGACUACAUUCUGAAAAACAAAACACAAAAUAAAACCAAUUAAAUCAAUCAAUUUAAUCACAAUUAUUAAAUACAAAUAUUGUAUAAUUCAGAACUAUACAUUCAAAUACAAUUUUCAAUAUAAAAUAUUCAAUAUUCUCUACAUAAAAUUUUUUUUUACUAUAGCAAAGGAUUCCAGUCAUAGUUAAUACUGAUAAGUGUAAUAGUUUGUAUCCUCUCUGGGUUCUGGGUAAUAGGAAAAUGUAAUGUUCAAGCUAUGUUUUACAACGUAUUAUAAAGUGGCAUAAACAUUUCAACAGUUUUGUCAAACGUAGUUAUUUUUAUUUACUCAACUAGAUUAACAGCAUCCUCAUUGGCCUAGUUCAGGGGUCGGCAACCCGUGGCUCCAGAGCCGCAAGUGGCUCUUUCAUCCUUCUGCUGCGGCUCCCUGUAGAUUUGGAAAAUAAAUAUUUUAGUCAUGAAUAGUUUGGAUUUUUUGUCUCAAUUAGACAUUGAACAUUUUAUUUGAAAGUAACCUUCAACACAGCAUCUUUUUUGUUAAGGUUAGUUCAAACUGUUCGACAGAGGACUCAAUUAGACAUUGAACAUUUGAUUUGAAAGUAACCUUCAACACAGCGUCUUUUUUGUUAAGGUUAGUUCAAACUGUUCAAAAUAUUUUUGCCUGCCUGCAGAAAUAAAAUUGUGUUUACUCGGUAGCAGUUCAUUGAUUUCAUAAAUCCAAUACACUACAGUUUUUUUCUAUACUUUCCAUAAAGGUAAAAAACAAUAUAUGCAGUGUUAUCUUCAUUUUAGAUGUCAAAAGGGUUUUGUGGCUCCCUGUGGGGUUUUUUCUGUGGGAAACGGGUCCAAAUGGCUCUUUGAGUGUUUAAGGUUGCCGACCCCUGGCCUAGUUCAUUUACACAAAUGGCACUCUUAAAGCUUAAUGACCUAAUACAAACAAGGCACUUUAACUGAUCUUGAUACUUAUCAAUAAUAGUAUGACAAAACUUCAAACUUAAAGAAAAAUAGUCAGACCUGGAGAGGAAUAGAAAAAUAUAUCCCAGUGUUUACCAAACAGAAAGACCAUUCUUUUUUUUUUUUUAAAAAAAAAGGAAAAUAUACUACCUAACAAUAUUAAUAAAAAAUAAUGUGCAAAAUAUACAGCAGGGGGAUAUUAUAAAAUUAUGUUUAAGUUUUCAAAUAUUAAUAUACACAUUAGAAAUCCAAUUUAUUUAAUUUACUUUCAAUAUCUUGGUUUAUCCUGGGCAAGGAUGCAGUGGAUCUGAAAGAUAUCCUUGUAACAAUGGGUGUUGCAGGAAUACAUUAUCAGUCCAUACUCAUUCACACACUCAACUGGCAUGAGGAAACCAGAGAAACAAAUGUGAAAUUGUACUCUUUUUACAAUAAUAAAUUACAAGAAUUGGUCUCCCAAAUUUGUCUGCCAAAUGCCAUAAAUGAAAAUGAGAAUUUCUGAGAGUAAACAAAAAAUGUAUGUAUUUUUUUCAAGAUUAUGACUACUAUUUUCACAUCAUAAACAUAAUCCAUUAAUAGCAGCCAAUGUGAAAUAUCUAUAAUGAAUUAAAGGUGGCAUUGUUUGCCAGAUUAUCUUACCUUUUUAGCCCAUAGCAAUUCUAAAGCAACUUAGCUUUCUAGAGCAAUAAAAACCAAAAAAUAAGAUAAAAUAAAUGUAAAUACCUUCAAAUCUUGUAUUGGUGUAAAUCAACUCCAAAUCAUAGAAAUUGUGUAGGAAUUACAGCACUUCACUUAUGCUCCCCAUUGGUCAUGCAUGACUGCCAGUGGAACUUGUUUCUUCAUAUUUACUGAUGUGAUGUACUGCAAAAACCAGCAGAAUGAAUUUUGAAGCCUAUAGAACAUUUAGGACAUAUUAUUAUCUACUCAGAUUUAGCCAAAACCUUCAAAACUAAAAAAUUGGACUUUCAUUCAGACAGCAUAAGGAGACCGAGUCUCCUAACUGUACCAUGGUUGACCCUCUGCUUUAACAUCAACACCCCCAAUGUAUAUGUGAUAAUAAUAAAAGUGUUUUCAAAUAAAUGGCCUUGUCAAUAACUGAGAAUAUACCAGAAUUUAUCUGGUAAUAUAAUGUUAAACUUAAUGUUAAAUAAUAUAAUACUGUAUAAUGCAAAAUAAUAUGUCAAAAAUCAUAGCCCACAGCUGAUAUAUGUAAGCUGACUUGAUCUAUGUUUUCUGUAAUUGCUUAAUUGAGAGUGUGUGUUCUUCUUUAUCUGGUUUUCUUUUUUCUGUCACUUUAAUUCACAAAUCAGUGAUAUUUUCACAUAUCGAUCUGCCAAUAAAAAGUGUUACAUAUCUUUCAUAA